AUGGUCGAUGUUGGAGAAGACGAGCUUGAAAAACUCGAAUACCUGUCUUUGGUUUCCAAAGUUUGUACAGAGCUGGAUAACCAUUUAGGUAUCAGCGACAAAGAUUUAGCUGAGUUUGUGAUCAAUAUCGCAGAGAAGAAUCCUACCUUUGAGGGCUUCAGGGGAGCAUUGAUAAAAAAUGGAGCUGAAUUUACAGACUCACUGGUCAGUAAUUUAUUGAGGCUGAUUCAGACAAUGCGACCACCAGCAAAGCCAUCUACAAGUAAAGCUUCUGUGGUGCCUGUCAAACAGAAGACAGAGAAGGAGAAGCUGAAGGAGUUGUUUCCUGCUCUCUGCAGGCCGGACAACCCUGUUAUCAGAAACAUGCUUGAUGAGGAUGAUGUGAAGGUUGCGGCUGAUGCCAUGAAGGAGCUGGAAGCGUUUAUGCCCAGCGUCAGUGGCACAGACACGGCUAAGAGCAGCAAGCAGAGGUCUGAUGAAAGCGGCAGGAAGAAGAGACGGAGCAGGAGCCGAGAUAGGGACAGGGAUAGGGACAGAGACCGGCGGCGGCGGCAUCGCUCUCGUUCCCGAUCCCGGUCCCGAUCCCCCUCGCGCUCCCGGGACCGAGGGAAGGCGCGAUCCCGCCGUCGGUCCCGCAGCCGGACCCCCAGCCCCAGCAGAGAGCGCAGGGACAAGGACAGGGCCGCUGACCGCUGGAAGGACAAGCAUGUGGACCGUCCCCCUCCAGAGGAGCCUUCGGUUGGGGACAUCUACAACGGCAAAGUCACCAGCAUCAUGCAGUUUGGGUGCUUCGUGCAGCUCGAGGGACUGAGGAAACGGUGGGAAGGAUUAGUCCACAUUUCUGAGCUCAGGAGAGAAGGGAGAGUGGCCAAUGUUGCAGAUGUUGUCAGCAAAGGUCAGAGGGUCAAGGUUAAGGUGCUGUCCUUUACUGGCUCUAAAACCAGUCUCAGUAUGAAGGAUGUGGACCAGGAGACAGGGGAGGACCUGAACCCCAACAGAAGACGGAACAUGGGGUGUGAGGGCAGUGAGGAGACGACCAUGAGGAACCCUGACCGGCCCACACACCUCUCCUUGGUCAGCGCGCCCGAGGUGGAGGAUGACUCGCUCGAGAGGAAGAGGCUCACCAAGAUCUCGGACCCGGAGAAGUGGGAGAUCAAGCAGAUGAUUGCAGCCAACGUUCUUUCAAAAGAGGAGUUCCCAGACUUCGAUGAAGAGACGGGCAUUCUCCCCAAAGUAGAUGACGAAGAAGAUGAGGACCUGGAAAUUGAGCUUGUGGAAGAGGAGCCUCCAUUCCUGAGAGGACACACUAAGCAAAGCAUGGACAUGAGCCCUGUCAAAAUUGUCAAGAACCCUGAUGGCUCGCUGUCUCAGGCUGCUAUGAUGCAGAGUGCCCUGGCCAAGGAGAGGAGGGAGAUGAAGCAGGCUCAGCGUGAGGCUGAGAUGGACUCCAUCCCUAUGGGACUCAAUAAGCACUGGGUUGAUCCCCUGCCUGAUGCUGAGGGCAGGCAGAUUGCUGCCAACAUGCGGGGUAUCGGGAUGAUGCCCAAUGAUAUCCCCGAGUGGAAGAAGCAUGCCUUUGGGGGGAACAAGGCCUCCUACGGCAAGAAGACGCAGCUUUCCAUUUUAGAGCAGAGAGAGAGCCUUCCCAUAUACAAACUAAAGGAGCAACUCAUUCAGGCUGUCCAUGACAACCAGAUCCUGAUUGUCAUUGGCGAGACGGGCUCAGGGAAGACCACGCAGAUCACCCAGUACCUGGCAGAGGCCGGCUACACGACGCGAGGGAAGAUCGGCUGCACACAGCCUCGCCGUGUGGCUGCUAUGUCCGUCGCCAAGCGAGUAUCUGAGGAGUACGGUUGCUGUCUGGGCCAGGAGGUGGGCUACACUAUUCGAUUUGAAGACUGCACCAGCCCCGAGACCGUCAUUAAGUACAUGACGGACGGUAUGCUUCUUCGAGAGUGUCUGAUUGAUCCGGACCUGGGACAGUAUGCCAUUAUCAUGCUGGAUGAGGCUCACGAGAGAACGAUUCACACUGAUGUGCUUUUCGGGCUGCUGAAAAAGACAGUGCAGAAGCGCACGGACAUGAAACUGAUUGUUACGUCAGCCACUCUGGAUGCAGUGAAGUUCUCCCAGUAUUUCUAUGAAGCACCUAUUUUCACAAUCCCUGGCAGGACCUACCCCGUAGAAGUCCUUUACACCAAGGAGCCAGAGACAGACUACCUGGAUGCCAGCCUCAUCACAGUCAUGCAGAUCCAUCUGACUGAGCCUCCAGGUGAUAUCUUGGUGUUCCUUACUGGGCAGGAAGAGAUCGACACUGCCUGCGAGAUCCUAUACGAGAGGAUGAAGUCUCUGGGGCCUGAUGUCCCAGAGCUCAUCAUUCUUCCAGUCUACUCUGCUCUGCCCAGUGAAAUGCAGACCAGGAUUUUUGAUCCUGCUCCUCCUGGCAGCCGCAAAGUGGUUAUUGCCACUAACAUUGCAGAGACCUCUCUGACUAUUGAUGGGAUUUACUAUGUGGUGGAUCCAGGCUUUGUGAAACAAAAAGUGUACAACUCAAAGACUGGGAUUGAUCAACUGGUGGUGACGCCCAUUUCACAGGCUCAGGCGAAACAGCGAGCAGGCAGAGCUGGCAGAACUGGUCCUGGAAAAUGUUACCGACUGUAUACAGAGCGUGCCUACAGAGAUGAAAUGUUAACCACAAAUGUGCCUGAGAUUCAGAGGACCAACUUGGCCAGCACGGUGCUGUCUCUGAAGGCAAUGGGGAUCAAUGACCUCCUGUCUUUUGACUUCAUGGACGCGCCUCCGAUGGAGACUCUGAUCACAGCCAUGGAGCAGCUGUACACCCUGGGAGCUCUGGAUGAUGAGGGGCUGCUCACGCGAUUGGGUCGCAGGAUGGCCGAGUUUCCUUUGGAGCCCAUGCUGUGUAAGAUGCUCAUCAUGUCUGUCCAUUUGGGCUGCAGUGAAGAGAUGCUGACCAUAGUCUCUAUGCUCUCAGUGCAGAAUGUGUUUUAUAGACCAAAGGACAAGCAGGCCCUUGCAGACCAGAAGAAGGCCAAGUUCCACCAGCCUGAGGGAGACCACCUUACCCUGCUAGCUGUCUACAACUCCUGGAAGAACAACAAGUUCUCCAACCCCUGGUGCUACGAGAACUUCAUCCAGGCGCGCUCUCUGCGCAGAGCCCAGGAUAUCCGCAAACAAAUGCUGGGAAUCAUGGAUAGGCAUAAGCUGGAUGUGGUGUCCUGUGGAAAGGCAACCGUGCGAGUGCAGAAGGCCAUCUGUAGUGGCUUCUUCAGAAAUGCAGCCAAGAAGGAUCCCCAGGAGGGCUACCGGACCCUCAUUGAUCAGCAGGUGGUCUACAUUCACCCUUCCAGCGCGCUCUUCAACAGGCAGCCAGAGUGGGUGGUGUACCACGAGCUCGUCUUGACCACCAAGGAGUACAUGAGGGAAGUGACCACUAUCGACCCACGCUGGCUGGUGGAGUUUGCCCCAGCCUUCUUCAAGGUGUCGGAUCCCACCAAGCUCAGCAAGCAGAAGAAACAGCAGCGGCUCGAGCCCCUGUACAACCGCUACGAGGAGCCCAAUGCCUGGAGAAUCUCCAGGGCCUUCCGGCGCCGCUAGGGGGCGCUGCAGGCUCGAAGGACCAAAGGGAGGUUGAGCGAUCAAAGCUGUGCUGUGAGAUAGAAAGACAGGGGGCUGUUUUUCCACAACAGCUGGACAGCUCUGUUCUUGUUUACGACUGGGCUAUAUCUCUAGCCUUCUUUCAAAAAGACCAGAACAACAUUGGCAUUGAACAGCCUUUUAAUUCUCACCUUCAGGAUAUUAAGAGUAGCUUUUUUGGAUGAAUCUUUUUCUUUUACAUUUCAUCAAGCCCCUCUAAGAUGCGGUUUGAGCUACUACUAUGAUGUGUGGGACUGAGUACUUCUGGAUGGCAUCUGUGUAGUCAGAUGGUUAUUUGUUACGUUUCCAGGGCAUUGUGUGCUUUGGAAUAAUUAAAACAUUGCAGGUUGUGUGAGGUCAGAUGAGGAGGAAGACCAUUUAGUUCAUUUGGACCAUAUAAAGAAAGAUCUGCUGAAAUCUUCUUUACUUUAUUUACCUUAGCGUUGUGGGUUAAGGUGUUCUUUGCUGUUAUACGGUGGCAAAGAAAAGGAUGGUUAUAUAUUGUUUAUGGAUUUUAAUUAUGAAAGCAUUUGUUUCAUAAUUUUAGUUCACUUAAAACCUUGUGUUUGUAUGACUGUACAGACUGUUUUGUGCAUGGACUCCUGGCAAAUGUUGAGGUAAAUUUCAUAGUGGGACAAAAAAAUUCUUAACCAAAAUGAGAGAGUGUCUUCAUAAACGAGUUUGAAAAGGUUCCUGCAUCUAUUCUUCAGUAAACUGUAAGGUUUGAAUAAUCAUAACUCCAAAAUCUGCUCAUAUCCCCUGGUUUUCUAUUACAAUUCAUGUCAGGAAAGCAAAUUUAUGAUCGUUCCCCCUAGUUUGAUAAUUGUAUAUGCAUUUAUAUACCGUUGUUGCCAUUGUGCGGUCUAGUCUCAGCGACUGCGUUUUGUACUCAUCACACAGGCGGUCAGAUCUCUGCAUCUAUGACUCUCGUUCUGCCCCCAGUUGAAGUAUAACAAGAACCAGAAGGUGGGUGGUGGGAGACAUUGAUUUGUAUAAAGAAAAAAAUAUAAUGGACAUCAUAAAAGAAGCUCGUGCUAAUUUAAUUAUACUUGCUUCGUGCAAAGUUAGAGCUGUUUUGGAACUGUUUGCAGAAUGUACAGGAUCCAACCCCCCCGUUCUGAGAAACAAAUGUGUAGAGGAUAUUGAAAAGUUCCAGAGCUCCACUUUAAACAAACACAAAAACACAGCCUGAGUCAUAGGGAGCCACUCCAUCCCUCUUAGGAAUCCAUGGAAGAAGCAAAGCAGCCAAAACACUUUUUUUGUAUGUUUUGUUUAAAAACAGAACUACAGGAAAUCUUAAGGAUUUUGUAUAUAUUCUUUUACAACAUUUUGGAAGUUCUCUGUAUCUACUGGAAAUGUAUUGAUGUACUGUGCUGUCAAUCUGUAUCGUGUCGGUUUCUAUACUCAUUAAAUCACUUUUUAAAAAAAACAA